GGGGUUGCCACCCGUCACCCAGCCCAUGAUGCCACCCCAUUCUAUGGAUGGAACCCCAAAUUCUGAUGUUCUUCUUGCUCUAUUGGCUAGAAACAAAGCUUUAGAAGCUACCAUACCAAAAUGUGGGGGAUGCCAUGAACUAAUUCUGGAUAGGUUUAUCUUGAAAGUAGCAGAUAGAACGUGGCAUGCCAAAUGUCUUCAAUGUAAUGACUGCAGAGUACAAUUAACGGAUAAGUGUUUCGCAAGGAACGGCCAACUAUUUUGUAAAGACGAUUUUUUCAAACGAUUCGGCACGAAGUGUGCGAGCUGCGAGCUGGGAAUCCCUCCGACUCAAGUGGUUCGAAGGGCUCAAGACAACGUCUACCAUCUACAGUGCUUCGCGUGCAUCAUGUGUGCGAGGCAGCUCAACACCGGCGACGAGUUCUACCUCAUGGAAGAUCGGAAGUUGGUUUGUAAGCCUGACUACGAAGCAGCGAAAAACAAAGCCGCCGAAUGUUUAGACGGAGACCAACCAAAUAAAAGGCCAAGAACGACAAUAACAGCCAAACAAUUAGAAACAUUAAAAACCGCAUAUAACAAUAGUCCAAAACCUGCCAGGCACGUUCGGGAGCAGCUUAGUCAAGAUACCGGAUUAGACAUGAGGGUUGUUCAAGUUUGGUUUCAGAAUAGGAGGGCGAAAGAAAAAAGAUUAAAGAAAGACGCCGGACGAACAAGGUGGAGCCAAUAUUUUAGAUCUAUGAAAGGAGGAUCCUCGCCUCGACACGACAAGCUAUUAGACAAAGACGAAAUGAAAGUGGACUUAGAUAGUUUUAGUCAUCAUGAUCUUAGUGACGAUAGUUAUGGUACCGUUGUAAAUAUGGGAAUGGACCAGGAUGGAUCGUCGCCUCAUAGUGGAAUUGGACGACCUUCUUUCCUACAUGGUGCCGCCUCUCCUUCAUAUUUACCAGGACACGCAUCGCCGCACGGCCACGAUCACUUCUCAUCAUAUCCCGACCAACUUUCAGUUUAUGCCAGUCUAAGUCAAGGUGCACAUACAGGUAUGUCCUUAGCUCACAACAUUCCAGGAGGUGCGGAUACGGACAUCAGCAACGACAGCAGUCCGCGGGGGUAUCCCGACUUCCCUCCAAGUCCCGAUUCUUGGUUAGGAGAACCGUCCAGCGCACACUACUGACCCUCCUGCAUCUCCCUAACCAAAGUUUACGUAACUGUGCUACAAACUAUAUUAAAAUUUUGCAGAGUUUUAUUCGUGUAAAUAUAAAAAUUGGAUUGUAGGCACUAAGAAGAAGCAGACAAAUAAUGAUUUUUUGUGUUGAUUUCUUUAUUAAAAUUUAGUAAUAUUAUAUAUGAAAACCAUUAUUGACAAUUUAUAUAAAUCCAUCAUCUGAGUUAGUGGAACAUAAAAACACAUUUUCUUAAAUUAAAAUAUUAGUUAGUACAUUUAGACCAGGGUCGAUAAUUUUGAAAAUGGUAAAAAGUGGAAAAAAAUUAUAGUAGGAUGAAACCCGUUAAAAAAGGACGAGAAUAUAACAAAAAUGAAAGGG